CGUGUUUCAACUGCUAUAAUAGCUGCAUAAAGCGCCCGCGCGAGCCAUCUCGUCGCUGCGUGGAAUCCGCGUGCUGCUGCCACUUUCCGUCCUCCGCACGGCACAUACACUCGACCCCUGUCACUUGUGUCCAUUUAGUUCACUGCACUUCGCCUGUACCGCCCCGGCUGCCCCUGCCAGCACAACACCAUCCCCCCGGGCUCGUCUCCCAGCUGCCCCGGUCGCUCGUUCGCAAUGUGCAUCGCAGAUAACUCGCCCGACCUUUAUACGACGACAUGCCCAAUGUGCAAGCACUUUCGUCAUACGGCCAGGUGCCCACACAAGCGCGAGAUAUGUCGAAAUCGUGUAAAUCACCCACGGCACGACGUCGUCUUUAUUUCCAAUGCUGAAGUCUCAACAUUCAAAGGCUGCGGAUAUUGCAAGUGGGCCACGGCAAUACCGUCUCCACCGCCGAACAAGUCAGGCAUGCACAACCCAGGCUGGCCAGGCUGCUGCCGUCCUCCCCAGUCAUCCGAAUUUGAACGUAUUCCUCCCGCAGACUGGCUCGCAGUACAUAAUAUCCACCGCACGCCAAUUCCGCCUGAUAUCAAACAACUUCUUGAUGCUGUGAAAGUGCCCUCCUAUGGGUCAUCUGCAACCUCGCCGACCAGCCCGAGUAAUCUAAACGCUAUCGCCGCUGCCACCGCAAGCACAAAGGACGCAUCUAGGGCUCUGGGUGGCGAACGUAAGAGUCUCUCGCGUGCGAAUAGCUCUCCCAACGGGUCUGUGCGUUCGCCGCCCCAGAAGAUACGCACUCCCGUAUCCGGGACCGGCAGCGGCAAUAGUCCGCAGAUGAAGCAAGCGCGUCUUGCCGGUGGAGCGCAGCCUGGUACUUCUCCCGCGGCCAAUGCCGUCUCGCCCACGGGUUCCCUCCCAUCGAACCCAAAUUCUCUGCGUCGCGGUGGCCCGGAUGCGCAGAAACCGUUGAAGCGUGUUGAGGGUUUCCGCACUACACCUCCCACGAGUAUGCGGAAGCUCAAUGUUGAAGGAGAACAACAGCAGCAGCAACACAGUACUACCACACGCACGAGUCUUGCAUCUGUGGACUUCUCUGCUGGAACACCAGAGCGCGAGCAGGCACCGUCGAAGAGACGUGGUUCCACAAGCACUACAGCGGUACCCCUUGCAGUCGCGACGAAUCGUGUCACAGCAACACCGAAGGCCACGAGCAAGCCUCUUGACCGCGAUUCGCCAAAGCUGUCGGCGGAGAAAGAGAAGUCGGAGAAUACUGGUCUCGAGAAAGGAUUGAAGACCUUGAAUCUGUCGUCUUCUUCGGACUCUGGCUCAGAUAGCGCGUCGCGUAGCUCAAGCAAUGAUACGAGCACGGUUACUUCCGAUGGUGGAUUCACCGAUUAUCUCUCGGAUGAGAGUGAAGCAGAGCUACAGCGUCAGGCCGAAAUACGUGCCGCGUUACUUGAACAGAAUCGCGUCGAGGAACAGGAAUUCCGUGCGGCCCGUCGCCAGCUUGCAAGCGUUGAUCUGCGCCCUCCACAGGCUUGGACAACUGGUCGUAAGGCGAUAAAUACGCACAGUGGAUGAAGGGUCAAAUGACUAUAUGUUUGGUGAUCCGAGGGAUAAUUGAGGGGAAAUGAACAAUUUCUGUUUUGUGGGUUUACGAAAGUGUCAAGGUGUAUUUGUCUGGAACAAUCGUCAUGCUUUCCACACAUUGUACUAUGCCAAUGCAUUCCUUACUCUGUGUAUUGUAUUCAUCU